AAUUACAACACAACCCAAAAAUAUUUCUAAGUUUUCGCAGGAGAGGCAAGGAAAUGAAGUCAAUUACAGCUUUGUUUUUACUUUUCUGUUUCCUUGUUCCCUCUGCUUUGGCGCAACUCAAGUUUGCGUUCUACGGUCCCUCAUGCCACCGCGCUGGAUCUAUCAUUUCUACUGUCGUUGCCAACAGUUUCCGUAGCGACCCUAGCAUUACUGCAGCAUUGCUUCGUAUGCAGUUUCAUGAUUGCUUUGUUACGGUUAGUAAGCUUCUCCUUGUGUGUGGUUGUGAUGCUUCCCUUUUGAUUGACCCAAGACCAGGAAGGCCAUCAGAGAAAAGCACAGGACCAAAUGCAAGCGUGAGAGGCUAUGAGGUCAUUGAUGAGAUUAAGAGACAGCUCGAGGCUGUGUGCCCCGGAAUUGUCUCAUGCGCAGACAUUGUAGCUCUAGCCACCAGAGAUGCGAUCAAAUUAGCUGGUGGUCCAAGCUUCUUGAUAAAAACAGGAAGACGUGAUGGAUUAAGGUCAAACCCAGCCGAUGUGAACUUGCCCGGACCAACAAUUCCUGUGUCCGCAUCCAUCCAAGCAUUUGCAGCUAAAGGCAUGAGUGUGAACGAUAUGGUUACACUAAUUGGUGGUGGCCACAGUGUUGGUUCUAUUCAUUGCAGUCUUUUCCAGGAUAGGCUUAAUGACCCUGCCAUGGACCGCUCACUGAACGCUCAGUUGAGGAACACAUGUCGUGCCCCAAAUGACCCAUCCGUGUUCUUGGACCAAAGGACUCCAUUCGUUGUGGAUAACGCAAUCUUUGGAGAGAUGCAAAGACAAAGAGCAGUCAUGAGGAUUGAUUCAAACUUGGCUUUCGAUGGAGCAACCCGUGGAAUUGUGUCGAGUUUUGCACAAAGCAAUUCACUCUUCAGACAGAGAUUUGCUCAGGCAAUGGAGAAAAUGGGUACCAUUGGAGUCCUUACCGGACGUGCUGGAGAGAUCAGGAGAAACUGCAGAGUCUUCAACAACGGACGUUGAUUCUAUAUUGUUCUUAAUCUAAAGACCAAGAGGAAUCCUAUGUUUGUUUUCUAACAAAUAAUCAAAUCCGGAAGUGUGCUUUCUCCAGGAUCUUGUUUUAUUUAUCCGUUCAAAAUUGAUUUGCGUGUUGCAUGUACUUUAUUAUCUUUUUUAAUAUUGAGUUCUUAUUCAGGCUUUGUGGUGUUGUAUGUUUUCAACUGUAUCAUUUGAAUUUAAAAAAUGGUUUGGUUUUGUGGAA